GUAGAAAGUUAACUGCUAGAAAGUGACGUGAUGUUUACUAUGAAGGGAGGUACAGGACUUCCUAGUCCUAUCUCGCUUAAAUUAAACAAUCUAAAUUCACACGGCUCUCUUAUUUCAAUGCUCUAAAGAGUCUCUUCAUUAUUUUUACACUGUAAAAUGUAUUUCAUGCUGGAUCAAAAUGUUUUUCAGGAAAUUCAAUGCUAGACACUUUUCAAUAGUCAUUCCAUUUAUUUUCUAUGUAAUACUGCUUGGCCUAGUCUAUAAAUAUUCAGUCCCUCUUAAGUCUGAAACAAAGUCAAAAAAUUUCAUGUCCAUCUUAGAAAAAAUUAGGAAGAAAAAACACGAUAUUAAAAAAGACAAUGUUAUAGAGUUUCAGGAAAUUAGUAAAAGAUUACCACCUGUUCAACUUCUUACUACUGUUUUUAAGAAAGUCGAUGUAGAUGGAAAUGAAUUGCUAACACCAAUUGAAAUAUCUGAAUAUAUUCAUAAACGUACUACACUUCAUAUUGAAGAAGCGAUGAAAGAAAAUUUUGGACUAUUUAUGAGUAUAGAUAAAAAUCCAAGAAAUGGAGUUAUUAGUUGGAGUGAGUAUCAUACAUAUUUCCUCCAAACUCAUGGUGUAGAUGAAGAAUAUAUACGAAACCAUCCAGAAAAACAUCCUGGCCUUGGUCGUUCUCUAAAAGAAACUAUUGCACGAGACAGAGCAUCUUGGUCUGAAGCUGCGAAGAGUGACCCUGACUUUUUAACAUUGGACGAGUUCUUAGCUUUUCGACACCCUGAAUCGAGUCAUGCAACACUCCUGGCACUUGUAGAUGACCUUUUGGAUAAAUUAGAUCGAGAUGGAGAUGAAAUGCUUACUGAAGAAGAAUUCGCUGUACUUCAAGUCAGUGGAGGGGAAACACUUGUAUCACAAGGGGAAGUAAGACGGCGGGUAGAAUUCAGAAAUGUUAUUGAUACUGACAAUAAUUCUUUGGCUGAUCGCCAUGAACUUCUUAAUUACAUUGAUCCUCGUAAUCCUCGCCAUGCAAGAGAAGAAUCCGAGACUCUUGUCACUUUAGCUGAUACUGACCAUGAUGGAAAAUUGUCUUUACAAGAAGUACUUGCCAAAAUGGAUCUGUUCCUUGGAAGUAAAAUGAUAGAUACAGCUCGAAGUUUUCAUGAUGAAUUUUAAGAUUUUUUAAAAUAUAUAUCAGCCAUUUUUAGCAAUGUAUAAGUCGUAAUAAAAUUAAAAUGGAAAUAAAUGAUCUUGGUGCUCAUUAAAUUAUUCAUAUAAAGUCAUUGAACUUACCUUUCCAAUGUCCCAAGUACAAUGCUUCCUGAUUAAUAGGUGCAAGACAUGAUUGAUGGGACCUUUUGCAGUUGAUAACCCUGGGUUAAGCAAUACCGUCACAACAGACUCCAAUAAAACUCAUAGCUUGAACCAUUGUUUGUAAAAAAUAACGAUGUUGGCAUUGUCUAUUCACACUAGUGGGUAUCGUGGAGGUCUGUCGGUAGUUCGCACACAAG